AUGACAGAUGCAGCAAAGAUCAACUACACCUCUGGUCAUCAGACCCUGAAUGAAAGUGACACAUUAGAUCCAAUAUGUGUGGCUGAUGGUAAUCCAACACCAAAUAUCACCUGGACAAGAGUUUAUGACAACAAGGCUGUGUCCUUCCCUCUCAUCAUCACUGGUAAACAAGAUGAAGGAGGCUACAAGUGUACUGCGGGUAAUGGUGUUGGCAGCCUGGAAAGCAGGACUUUCAAUGUUUUUGUGCAGAGUAAGUUACUUUUCAACUGCUUCCCUUCACUUCUAAUUGGCUGAGGUUACACAGAGUUGCAAAACCUCUCAGCUGGAAAAUGUACCCAAUCAUAUAGCUUAAGAUCCAUCUUCCAGAAGACAAAGGGAAAAAAUACUCCUAAGUGAUGUAAUUAGUAAAUUUUCGAGUCGUGCGACGAUACCGUCACUAAAUAUAUUUUUUUGACCCCGGUGCCAAACUAGCACUUUCACUUGAGUGGUCGAAACAUUUCGAUCAAAAAUUUUUAAAGGCUGUAAAAACAAUGAAAGGCUUAUUUACCAAUUUAACUCCUGUAAAUAUACCUGAAAUAUCUGACAAAACAAGUUCAGUUACUUUUCACAAAAUUGUGUCCUUUGUCAGAAUUUACAAUUCAGGUGAGAUAUAUGGUAUAAUGCACCGAUAUGCCAGAUUCAAGGUAAAAAAUGGAAUCCAUUCGUUUUGAUUGAAAGUCGUUUCGAUACAAGUCGAAGUCGAUUCGUUGCACAUGUAGAGUCGAUUCCAUACAAACUCACGUUACUUCAAGUCGUUUCGAUCCAGAAUACUAUAGUAAAUAAAUGACCAAACGAACCUUCAAAGACAUACUCACCACAGCGAACACAAACUUCUUUUGUAAAUAAAACAAACCCAUACCUCCGCGAACCUCCACAUGUAUCCAAGCCUCCUACGCAAUGAGAAGACGCUUCAUAAAACGGCUCUUUUACGAGCCACCGCGCCCUGAUUUCGUUGCUUUGGACGAUUUCAGGUCGCCAAAAACGGCUCUAUUAGGAGCCACCGCAUCUGCGAAAGUCAUGAUCUACGUAAACGUAAUUUAGUAAUUUAAAUAAAUAUUCACUAAGGUUUUCUCUUUUUUGACUGGGGGGAAACUGAGUAAUACAACUUGGUCGAUCGAGUCGCGGGUAAACUGGAUAUUACAGCUACGUCGAUCGAUCGAGUCGCUUAAUUAAUCGAGUCGAAUUUUAGCUAAUUUGUUGAAAAAAAAACACAACACAUCAAAGACGAAAACUAACACACCAAGACUGAACUUUUCGCGAGUUUACUUCUGUAUCGAAACAACUUCAGUUUGUAUCGAAUCGACUCUACAUCUGUAACGAAUCGACUUCGACUUGUCAGCCGUGCAUUUUUUAGGUAGACAGUCAUCUGCAAGGGUAUAAAACUUACCUUAGCUCAACCAGAGGAGUGUUUUUCUUUUAAAUUCACACAUUCCGCUGCUUGUGAGACAACUGAUUUAGCUACAUUGUGUUUACUGAAAAAAGAAUAAUUUUGCCAAUUGAUUUGAAUUCAUUUUAGACUACCACCCAGUAAACACUAUUGUGACAACUAAUCUGACUAACAACGUCGUUGUUGUGAAUGAAACGUUCAGUAUCACCUGCAGUGCACGGGCCAACCCACCUGCAAAGUAUCGAUUGUACAAAGGUAAUGAGUAUGUCAAUGGUGCAGACAACGAUGCAGCGAUUAUAACUUCAGUUGUUGAAAGAGCAAGAAUGGUGAACUACAGCUGCAUUCCGUUCAAUUUUUAUGGUAAUGGAACAAAAGGAGCACUAGCAGUGACAGUGCACUGUAAGUAUUCGAUUGUGUGA